AGGUCUAAUAGAAUUUGGGUCGAGGAAAAUAGGAAUUGAAAACCUGGCGCCUCCAUGAGCAUGGCGGACGAACAAAGCUCGCCAUGAUAGAAUACUCCUCUUCUUAUGGCGUUUUUUUCUCUCAGAAGCAACUACAAUGGCUUCCUACAUCGCCUCAAUGACCUGAUCAAGCUUCAGUUUCAACACCUCCUGUAAGUUUCUUACCUCAACGACGUUUCAAAAUUUGGAUGUCAGAGCCUCAGGCACGGUUUUGCUAACGGAGGAGUUUUUCGGUCUCCCAUGAACCCAGAAAUGGAUUUUCACUCAGCGGGUCGUCGAGAUGAAGCAGCUAACAUUGGCAUGUCCAAAUGGAAUAAAGUUGAUGCACGGGCUUUUGGGAUCAAACGUUCAAUGAUCCCGCCUUCGUCAUGGAUGGUGUUGCAAAUUCUUCAAAAGAAAGGGUUUGAAACCUAUUUGGUGGGUGGAUGCGUCAGAGACUUGAUCCUAAAUAGAGUACCAAAAGACUUUGAUGUGAUUACCACAGCUGGACUUCAACAGGUCUUUAUCCGCAAACUAUUUCAUCGUGCACAAAUUGUUGGACGCCGGUUUCCUAUUUGUAUGGUUAACAUCAAAGGCUCUGUUAUUGAGGUUUCAAGUUUUGAAACAGUUGCAAAACAUUCUGAAGGAAAAGGAACAGUAGUGUCUUCUCAAAUUCCAAGAAAAUGUGUCAAAGAGGACUUAAUCCGAUGGAGGAACUCUAUGCACCGGGAUUUCACAAUUAACAGUUUAUUCUUUGACCCCUUUCGGAAUAUGAUCUAUGACUAUGCUGAAGGAAUAACAGACUUAAGGUCCUUGAAGUUUCCCCCCUUUUGUUGGAUGGCAUGGACUCAGUUGCGGACACUAAUUCCUGCAUCAUUGUCAUUCAAAGAGGAUUGUGCAAGAAUUCUGCGGGGCUUAAGAAUUGCAGCUCGUUUGGGUUUGUCACUCUCAAAGGAUACUGAGACUGCAAUUCGUAAACUUUCUCCUUCCAUCAUGAGCUUGGAUAAGACCAGGAUAAUGAUGGAGUUGAACUAUAUGCUAUCUUAUGGAGCUGCUGUUCCUUCUCUCUAUUUGCUUCAGAGGUUUAACCUGCUCCAGAUUCUGCUGCCAUUUCAUGCUGCAUAUCUUGAUAAGCAAGACAUUAAAGAAUCUUCUCUCAAUUCCAUAAUGUUGAUGAAACUGUUCUCCAAUUUGGAUAAAUUGGUUUCUUGUGAUCGGCCAUCAGACUGCAAUAUAUGGGUUGGAUUGUUGGCAUUUCACAUGGCAUUAGUUAAGAACCCUCAAAAUUCUCUAAUAGUUCUGGCUUUUGCUGGUACCUUGUAUCAUGGGGACUGGAAUGAAGGUGUGAAUUAUGCAAGAGAAAACUCUCUUGUGCAGAUCAAUUUAAGGCCAGAGAUUACAAGAUCGGCUCAAUUUAAAUCAAAGGAGGAGCUUGCUGAAGGGGUUAGUCACUUUGCUUCGAAAGUACAGGGUUGCAUAGCUGCUUUUACCGGUGCAGAUUGUCUCUUUGAAGCCACGCCAACAUUACCAACCUCUCCAUGCUCUAAUUUGGUGUUUGUGUCCAAGAAGACUGCCAAAGAUGUUGCUAAAAUUUUUGAAGUGCUGGUGAAUGAUGUUGAAUCCUUCAAAAAUAAGAGAGAGAAUUUUGAAAUUGACUAUCAACUUCUCGGGAAGGGUAUUUUGAGUGAGAGUAGAUAUGUCAUGGGAAAAAUUAUCUUCGAAACCCUGAAUGGUGCAAUUGUGCAGGGAGAUGAGAACAUUCUUGACAAGAAGCAGAAUCUUUGUGUUGAUACUACUACUAAGGAGAAUUAUAAUUCACCAGUCUCUGAUAUUGUGAAGGACCAAUUGGUUGUCAUGAAAGAGAUGAAAGUUAAAAAACUGCCAUCUACUUCUGAAGUUAGGUUGGGAGCGAAUAAGAAACGUAAACUUGUUCAAAAGGAGGGAAGACAAACUGAGCAUAAGUGUGAGGAUCUUGAAAUCAUGGGGAUGAUGGACGAGGUAAUUGGGCAAGAAGAGAAGUCAGAGAAGAGAGAAAGAAAAAUAAAAAAAUCGCCACCUAGUUCUGAAGGUAAGUUGAGAGCAAAUAAGAAACAUAAGCUUGUUAAAAAGGAGGGAAGAGAAGAGAAUAACCAAACGGAUCUAGAAACCGCGGGAAACCAGGUUAAGGACAUGAUCCUGCCCCAGGAAGCUCAUGAUAAGGUUACCAAGGAGCUGCUUCAUGCAGUAGAUGUCAACCCGAGGAAUAUGAACGGGGUCGAGGUAAUUGGGCAAGAAGGAAAGUCAGAGAAGAAAGAGCGUUAUUUGUUGUCCCAAGGAAAGGAGAAUACUAAUAAGAAACAUAGACAUGUAACAGGUACCGCGCAGCCCAAAGGUCCAUUGUCCAGCCUCUUCAAGUAAAUGCCUUUAGUGUGUGAAUCAGAAGCUGCUCUUUGGAGUUUCUUAAAAUGAAUGAUUAAAGAUGCACUUCAAGUUCACCUUUUCUGAAGGUGAAUGAUUCAAGCGCCACAAUCGUUCCUACCCCAGGUUUUGAUCAUUACAAUGCUAUGCUUCAACCCAUCACCCCUGUUCGUCUUUGUUCAAUAGUUGAAGCAGUUUCGAUUGGAAUUCCCUGCGACCCAGGAAUCCAACCAGAGUUGUUCGUGUUCCCAAACGGAAUGCCGAAGAUUUGCCAUGACCAAGGAAAGAACAAGAGCAAACGGAAGCAAUCAAGACACACAGAAAACGGUAUGUCUGGUCCAUGUCUAUGCGUUUCUGUAUCCUUUAGGAGUUGCAAAUUCAUGUUAGUAGAGUGGUUAGUUUUUAUGGUUCUGAAGACGGUGGGUUAACAAAUUCAUGUAAAUUAGUUGAUUCAAUUCAGUCAUUGUUGGGUAGGUAGAGUUUUUAUAAGUUAGGGUCGACCCUGUUGUAUUUUAGUUGAUAUAUCAAGGUAGCUAAUUUUUAUUAGCUUGACUUUUCCCCUGCAUUCUAUUAUUAUUAUCAUUAUUGUUUUUCUUCA